UGAACGCAGUUCCAAGCCAACUUGCUCUUAGUAUCUGCAGCAGUUUCACUCCAUCGUUUCGCACCUUUUAUGCCUGUAUUUACGGAGAACAAGUGAUCUGCUCAAAGUCAGAAGACUUUCAGGCCUUCUGCAUCCCAGAAGCUCUUUUUGUAGAGCCCGUCUUCCAGGACAUAAUUCACACUAAGCAGUCCUUACCGGUUACUUCAAGUUUUUGGCCCUGUUACUCCAGUUCCCUCGUGUGUUCCCUUCUCCAGCCAUGGUCUACUGGAUCCUGAAGGGGAUAUUCCAGCUUGAGUUCUUCUGACUCACUGACCACUGAUCUUGCAGUAAUCCUUACCAAUGGUUUUUAUUUAAUCUCUUUUCCUAGUUUGCUUGUUUUUCUGUUUCGCCACUGACUUUUGGUUAUCUCUAGCCUAAUACAGCUUCACAGAGGUAAUUAAAAAUGUUACUCACGCAAUAACACAGAGAUGGUUUGCAGAAGUUAUCUCUAAUCCAUGUGCUAUGCAAUGUGUCUGAGACAUUGAGAUGGUCUUAGAGAGGUACUGUAUAGAGAGACUAUUGGCUAAAUCAGUGGCUGCUAUAAAGACACAGCUCAAUUUAGUAGAGUUCUGCCAAGUAACAGCAGCAGGGAAUAUGCCUUUUACCUUGCUUUUGCACUGACAUGUGAUACUGUAUUAAAGAAGAUAUGUAAGAAUGAUGCAGAACACACUGACAUGAGUUAUUCAAUAAUUGCCUUUUUUAUCGGAAGUGGGGAAACUUUGUCAAGCGUGUACCUGUAAGAUUAACUGGUUUGUUGUCGAUAUAAUUCAGUAUCACUUUAAAAUCACAUUUUGUAUUUUAAAUAAUGGCCCAACAUUUCAAAGUCAACAGAUGGCAAUAACAAUGAAUUAAUUAGUACCUUGCAGCUUCAGAUGGCAAGUUACGGUCCAGACACUCCUUUGCAAUUAGCACAUUUUUCCUGUCUUUAUAAGGAAAGUCUGACGCAGAGUGGUAAAAGGAAGCCUGUUGGAUUAGAGUAAUAGUUAUUUGGGAAGAAAGGGGUGGUACAACCUCACUGAGCUCUGGUAGUAGUGACAAAAAGUAGUCCUUACUUUAUUUUCUUUUCUGCCUUUCCCCCCCCCAAGCCAGCUAUCAAGAAAUGGCCAAAUCAUUACCUGUAGUAGCCCAGGAAGAUUUGGAUAGCUUUACUUUGACCAGGACAGGCUCAGGCUUUGCACUCAAAGCCUUUCAUAUUUCUUGGAACACCCACAUCUCGGUGAAGCUGCUGACCAGCCAGGCCACUCCAGAGAGGGAGUGGAAGUUGCUACUUCAGGAUCUAACAGAAGUCAGACGCUAUGAAUCUGAACGGCUCCUGCCUCCUCUUGGGAUUUACCAGUACCGUGGACUGGCAGGAAUAGUGACUGAAUGGAUGAACAAUGGGUCGCUCCACUCACUCAUCCACGAGCAUCAGCUGUACCCAGAAGUUCCGUCCCCGCUACUCCUAAGAAUCCUGUCGGAUGUGGCUGAAGGGCUCCAUCACCUCCACAGCCUGGGGCCAGCGUUCUGCCACGGCAGCCUCAGACCUUCCAAUGUGCUUUUGGAUACGCAGUACAGAGCCAAGAUAUCAGAUUAUGGUCUGACCAACUGGCGGAAACAACAACUGAGGUCAGACCUGCAGAACUGCAACCAGAGAAACUGCCAGGACUUAGUGUACCUCCCUCCUGAGAUACUCGAAGGAGGCCGUCCUUCCCAAGAAGGUGACAUUUACAGCUUUGGAAUACUGUGUUGGGAGAGCCUAAGCAGACGGAAACCUUUUGAAGGUCACACAACCCUGCUGGAAGUUUUGACAGGAAUCUGCAGCAGUUUGCGCCCUGGCAUUUCGGAAAAGUUUAUACCAAGCAAUUUGCCAGAGAGGAACAGAUUGUUGUACCUUAUCGCUCUGUGCUGGCAUCAGGAUCCAGAUUCCAGACCACGUGCUGCAGAAUGUGCAGACCUUCUAAAUGGAAUUUUGACUAGUAUAAAUAAGGAGGCAAUUUCCACUGCAGUCUACAAUCUAAUGGAUGCAAAGGAGACAGCACUUAAUGCAUGCAAAGGUUCACAAACAUACACGCUGCAGACAGGCAUGUGCAAUUCAGAGGUUAUCUGUUCACCGAAACCCAACCAUGGAGUCAGCAAGAAAAUUCCUUUUGUAGUGCCAAGUCUGUCAACUAUUCUAGUUGAUAGCGAUGCAAAUAAUGCAGGAAGAGAAAACAUUCCUGAGACGGUUCUGUCAAAUACUAUCAAACAGAACACAACAACAAAGAAAGAUCACCCAGCAGGCUCUGACAGCAGAAAAUCCUAUUCCUUUUGCACGAUUCCUCUGUCUGGUUCAACUGCAGGCAAAGACAGCAGUCAGCGUAAGGACCCGCCACUGGCUCUUAAGCACAGACCACAACUUACACAUCUCGAACAAACAGUGACAGAUCUUUGCUGCAAGGGAAACUGCUGUCAAAUACUUUCCUGCCAGAGACGGACCAUACUGAGCUGCAUGACAGAAGGACGCCUCAACCACAUCCUCGAUGUCCUUCGCUCGCAGCAAACGUUGUCCCGAAUGGAUUACGAGACAAUUACCUCUUACCCCACAGUGACUGGGCGUGCUCGGGCAUUGCUGGACACUUGCCUUUGCCUCGGAGAGCAGGCAGCACAGGUUGUAGUGACUGUACUCUCGGUGACAAAAUGCAGUCCUCUGGGACGAGGCAGCCAUUGCCCAGACUGUCCUUCUAAGGUAAACAGGCUGUUGUUGUGACAUUUUGCAAUUUGUUACAUGGAUCAGAGCAAUUUGGUAAAUUGGAAUGGCAAUGAUUCACAUUAAUGCUUCAUAACCCAUUGGCUGAAGUCGAUCCUUCCUACGGUCCAUGAUUUUAGUUCUCCAGUGGAAAAAGCUAGCUGGAUUAAAAGGUCAAGUCAACCACUGCCUGUAGAAAUUACCAAGACUGGUAAUUUGGACCUCAGAGCUGGGAAGAGUGCAAUGUGUACCAGAGCAAAUAUAGUUCAAGUCAGAUGACACCCUAUUCCCUUGAUUUUUCAGAAGGGAGGAAAAUGGUUCAUUACUUUUUGGAGGUCACACUACGGAAGAACGGCUGUUACUAAAUCCUUCCAAAUAAGGAUAGCAAGUAACAGGGUGCCAGAUGAGGAGAAAAAAAUUACUGCCUUUCACUGAGCUCAUAUCUGAGGCAGCUGUUAAAAUCUUAAGAGAAUCAAGAAAUAUUUCUUCAACAGGGCCUUAAGUAAGACUUGGAAAUUUUAUCUUAUGCAUAGAAAUUAUUUUAUUUUCAUUCACAAAUGGCCCUAAGCUCUGAAAAUGGGGCACUGAUAGCAGUGCUUUGGAGAGGUGGGGCUUAAAGUAUUCACUAAGUGGAAAAACAUUAAUACCUCACAUCCAUGCAGUUCUCUAGGUAUGUCUGCAGUUUAAAUGUAAAAUUAAAUCAGGAAGAAGUGCCAAGCUGAUUGUUUUGAAAUAGUGGUUCUGCUGAACUACAAAGGAAAGUAGUAACAUUAUUUUAAUUCUACUGAAAAUGAAGUUAUAUCCUAUGCUGGUUUUCUGAAGGCACAGUGGGAUUCCUUCAAGCUUCACGGCACUGGUUAACAUGAUAACUUGUUAUACAAUCUACAAGUAUUUCAAAUGCAAAACCUGUGCUGUUUCUCUGUUGCAUUUGUUCACUCUGUAGUUUCAAACUGAAUUCAGUAGUUUAAUAUAGAAUCAUUUCAGUCGGAAGAGACCCUGAGGAUCAUAGAGUCCAGCCACAACCAAACUCUAGCACUAAACCAUGUCCCUAAAUGGUUUGAGGCAGCCAGUUUUUUACGCCUGGACACAAGGAGGCAUCACCAAAGUGGGUCAGGCCUGCAUAUUGAGGCUCCUGUUCCCUUUAGAAAGGCAUGUGUUGCAAUUCCACAUUUCUUUUGCUUUGUGGGGCUAUUUUUGAUGGAGUUUGCUGCGUGAUUUUGUCACUUCUCAAUGUUAUAGUUUGGUUCUGCUUGCGAAGCCUCAUUCCUAUCAGGAACGCACACUCUUCCUUCUAGGAGGGGCAGCAACGUGCUGCCUUUGCCCCCUUAUAUUCCUCAGAAGUUGCUGCAUUCCACAUCCAGGGCCUCGCACCUGUUGAGCAGAGGCACCUACUGGAAGGGUGGUGGGUCACCACAGCUGGGACUCGAACCCAUGACCCCUGAUUUAAGAAGCCAGUUCCUGGGGCUCCUGAGGAGACUGGGGCUCCUCUUGGGCCACUGGGGCUCCUUUGGAACAGCAGGUUGCAAUUUUCAAUACAGUGAUGAUGCAUUUUCUAGGCACAUCUAAGAUGUAUUUGUUACAUCAUAUGCUAGGAUGCUGCUGGAACUACAAAUGUACAUUUUUCCACAUAAGUUCAUUAAGAGUGCCUUGAGAUAAUAUAUUGUUACAAUUAAAAGCAAUGUCUAUCAGAAUGUGUUGAAAAUAGUUUGCCUAUUAAAGGAGCUAAACAUGUA